GCGGAGAAAGGUAAAAACGAGCACACAAAAUGAAAGGGUCGUCGUCCUCCUCUUCUCCUUCAUCUUCCUCAUCUCCUCUCCUUUUCAUCUCUGCUUAAUCUUUUCUCUGGGGAAUCUAGGGUUUAUUGCUAUUUCUUAACCCUAGGUUCCUCGAUCGGCUUUCUCAAUCUGUUCUUUGAUCUCGUAGCUCCUGAUUCAUCGCGACUUCCAUGGAGGGAAUGGAAGAGACUACAAAGGCCGAAGCUCACCUGACAUCGGCCGCAGCUUUUGUGGAUGGGGGCAUCCAAGAUGCCUGUGAUGAUGCCUGCAGCAUCUGUCUCGAAGUCUUUUGCGACAGCAAUCCUUCAACGGUGACUACAUGCAAGCAUGAGUACCAUCUUCAGUGCGUUCUUGAAUGGUGUCAGAGGAGUUCACAGUGCCCUAUGUGUUGGCAGCCCAUCAGCCUGAAAGACCCAACUAGUCAGGAAUUGCUUGAGGCUGUUGAACGGGAGAGGAGUUUCCGCUCCAAUCCAUCAAGAAAUGCCACCAUAUUUCAUCAUCCAGCUCUUGGAGAUUUUGAAUUGCAGCAUCUCCCUGUUGGGGUGGACAAUGCGGAGAUUGAGGAACGAAUUAUUCAGCACCUGGCUGCUGCGGCUGCAAUGGGGCAAGCCCGGCAUGCGGCAAGAAGGGAAGGGCACUGGAGGAGGUCGUCAACUCAAGGCCAUCCACAGUUCCUGGUGCUCUCCAGGAAUCCUAAUGCAUCUUCCCUACCUACGGUUCACAUGCCUUCCUCUCCAUCUUGGAGAGGAGAAGGUGAGCCAGCUCCUGGUAUUGUGGCCAACCUUCCUCCGCCCCCUCCGAAUGCUUUUGGGGAGGGUUCUCUACAGUCAGCAUCUUCCUACCCUCGAUCUCCUUUGCUAUCUGAACCAAAUGUCCUUUCUAGAAAUCAACGUGGGCUCAACUCGAACAGCAGGUCUCUUAAUCACUCUUCCCAAGGUGGUCAAGAUAGAUCCGGUCCAUCAGAUUUCCAAGCAUUUUCAGAAUCAUUCAAAUCCCGACUAAAUGCUGUCUCAACAAGAUACAAAGAAUCCAUUUCAAGGAGCACAAGGAGCUGGAAGGAGAAAUUUUUCUCCCGCAACUCGUCCAUGACAGAUCUUGGUUCCGAGGUUAGGAGAGAGGUCAAUGCUGGAAUUGCCACGGUAUCACGCAUGAUGGAACAUCUAGAAACGGGAGAGAACAAUAGAUCUGGCACUGCCUCCGUUUCAAAUGCAUCGGAAAGUAGUACGCCUUCCGAAUCAAACAAUGAACAUAGAACAGAAGGUGCUGGUGAUCAUUCUUUGAAUGAAAGAGAUGUUGAGGGCGCAAUUGCCUCUGGCUCUGGUUCAAGUGGAACAGCACUACAGAACUUGCAUCGGUGCUAGCAUCUUGUUGGCAAAGAGACAUGAUGAUGAUGAUGAUGAUGCAAUCUCCAUUCAGAAAGAUAACAGUCAGUCUUGAAUUGGACAUCGACAACUUACGAUUCUGAUUCUGAAAAAAAAAAAAACACGACCAGACAAAAAAAGAAGUCUGUAUGAGAUGGAAAAAGAACACAUCCGAAUACUCUCUUUGCAAUGGGAUCUCUAUCGGCGGGGUCUCUGCAUCUGCAUAUUCUGUAUCUGGAAAAACUUGACGAAAUCGAACCGAGUUUUAUUAUAAUGUUAUACACAUACACACAUUUAUGUAUAUGAAUGCAUGAUAUCUGUUUUAUGUGUACUAUAUUUUGUGCAGGUGAAGUUGUGAUACAUACAUGUCUUGUGACAAAAAUGUCAUUGUAUUGGCGUCGGUCCACUCCUUUUUGCUC